CUUCAGUGAAGAAGGAGAUAAAAGAAGAAGAAUUUGAUGAUUUCCUACAAGAGUAUCUGUCUACAUUUAAGACCGUGGAAGAAAAGCCUGGACUGGAAUAUGAAUGCAAGACUGAAAUUAACCCAUCACCCACCAUGGCCAUGAAAGAAGAAAAGUAUCCACCAAUGGAAAUCAAAGAUGAAGAAGAACUUGAUUCAAGAGAAUAUGGUGACUUUGACUCUUCACCUACAAGUAAGUUGCUUGUUUAUUGUAAUAUGUUAUAAUAAUAGAAUUUUAGAGAAUGGGUAGCUUGUGCUCUACAAUGUGAGACCCAGAAAUACUGUGGGUAUAUUUUAGUCAUGGGAUAAUAUCUGCAGUCUGUUACAUUCAACAGAGAGUAUGCCAUCAUUUUUUCCGAAACUCUGUAGUUCAUGUGUAAAUUCCAAGUCAAUUCCAAGACACUUUCUUGCAUUUCUAGCAAAUAACCGAUAUACAUGUAUACAGUGAAGUAAGUUGAAAGUAUGUUAAGAGUUUUCUGUUGUUUUACCAUGAUUUUUCAGUUUUUUUAUCACAAAUUUUCCAUGUAUGAAAUGUCAGGUUUAUGUUUAUCAAUUGCAUGUUCUUGUUUAGAGGGACUCUUAACUGCUCAAGGGGUUCACAUACUUUCAAGCGGUACUGUACAUAUGAAUAUGUUUUAAAGGCAUAUAUUUGCCUUUAUUGUUGAAAUUAUGUACCAGAUAGAGGAGAAAAUAGAAUAUAUGUCUGACAAAUUAUUUUCUAAUAUUAUAGAAGACGUUCAAAGGAUCCAAUCUAACCAAAGAAGCCAAACUGAGCAAAAAAGAAACAAAGAGAGACGUCACAAACUCUCCCAGUGCAGAAAGACUUCAUACCAGGAACUACAUCAGCAACAGGACACCAGGGAGAAACAACAUGAAUGCUCCCAGUGUUUCAAAACAUUUGCUAGACAUUUCGAUCUUGCAAUUCAUCAACAAAUACACACAGGAGAAAAAACCCAUCAUUGCAGUACUUGUGGGAAGGCCUUUAAUCGAAUGUCUAAUCUCAAGAAUCACCAAAUGAUCCAUACUGGGGAAAAGCCCUAUCAGUGUUCUCAGUGUGGAAAGGGCUUUACUAAAUUGUCUUAUCUCAAGAAUCACCAGAGGAUCCAUACUGGGGAAAAGCCACACCACUGCAUUAUAUGUGGGAAGGCCUUUAGUAAAAUAUCUUCUCUCAAGACACACCAGAGGAUCCAUACUGGGGAAAAGCCCCAUCAGUGCAGUACAUGUGGGAAGGCUUUUACUAACAAGACUGAUCUCAAGUCACACCAGAGGAUCCAUACUGGGGAAAAGCCACACCAGUGCAGUACAUGUGGGAAGGCCUUCAGUCAAAUGACAAAUCUCAAGGCACACCAGAGGACCCAUACUGGGGAAAAGCCCCAUCAGUGCUCUACAUGUGGGAAGGCCUUUAGUACAUUGUCUGAUCUAAAGAAUCACCAGAACAACCAUACUGGGGAAAAGCCACACCAGUGCAGUACAUGUGGGAAGGCCUUUAAUCAAUUGUCUGUUCUCAAGACACACCAGAUGAUCCAUACUGGGGAAAAGCCACACCAGUGCAGUACAUGUGGGAAGGCCUUUAAUCAAUUGUCUGUUCUCAAGACACACCAGAGGAUCCAUACUGGGGAAAAGCCACACCAGUGCAGUACAUGUGGGAAGGCCUUCAGUACAUUGUCUCAACUCAAGUCACAUCAGAGAAUCCAUACUGGGGAAAAGCCACACCAGUGCAGUACAUGUGGGAAGGCUUUUACUAACAAGACUGAUCUCAAGUCACACCAGAGGAUCCAUACUGGGGAAAAGCCACACCAGUGCAGUACAUGUGGGAAGGCCUUCAGUACAUUGUCUCAACUCAAGUCACAUCAGAUGAUCCAUACUGGGGAAAAGCCACACCACUGCAUUAUUUGUGGGAAGGCCUUUAGUAGAAUAUCUUCUCUCAAGACACACCAGAUGAUCCAUACUGGGGAAAAGCCCCACCAGUGCAGUACAUGUGGGAAGGCCUUUAAUCACUUGUCUGCUCUCAAUACACACCAGAGGAUCCAUACUGGGGAAAAGCCAUAUCAAUGUACUUCAUGUGGAAAGUGUUUCAGGGCAAGCUCCAAUUUAUCCAGCCAUCAGAUUACGCAUACUGGAGAAAAACCACAUACGUGUUCUCAGUGUGGAAAGAGCUUUAGUCAAAUGUUUUGUCUCAAGAGACACCAGAUGAUCCAUUCAAAUGGAAGUAGUGUUUGUCAAAGCUUCCUAGACUCACAGCCUAAAAGGCACCUCAUAUGAAGGCUCUGGGCUGACAUGGGGGACGGGGGAACUAAAUGUCUCUCCAUUCUUCUUUAUAGGGAACUGUGUAUUUCUCCUGUUAAACAUUUCUCAUGUCAAAUGUGGAAAAGAGUCAGAGGGAACUGUUGUUUUUUUGACAAAAAAACGUGCAACUCAUAUUAAUCCUGAACAGAAAGGGGUAUCACAUGUAUGGAUUAAGUCAUAAAAGGAACUCACAUCUUCAGAUCUUCACAUUUACCUGUGUGCCAUUUUUAUGACUCCUAUUUCAAAUACUACGAUCAGAAAUUAUAAUCCAUAAUAACGAUGAUAACCAUUGUUAGAUUUAGGUGCUUUGUAACUUUGUAAAUAAUCGCACCAAUAGUUGUCUGCUUCUCACCAAGCUGCUUGCCGAUGGUUUUGUAACCCAUUCCAGCCUUGUG